AUGGAGUCGGAUUCUGCUCUUCACGGCGACCUACCUGAUGGCGCGGAAAUGUCUCCUUUAGAAGAAAACCAACCAGAAACUGCAGAAACCUCUGAAAGUACCAUACCGGCCCAUGAUUCAGAAGCAGUUCCAACAGAAGAAACAGGGCAAAUAUUGUUACAUUUAGCAACAAAUGGAGCCCCUACUAGCAGUAGUGAUGUGUUGGAUUUGGAGUCUGGAUCACAAGCUGCUGAUAGUGAAGAGCAUUCAUCCCAUGAGCAAGCAGAUAAUGCUGAGGCUGAAGAUGAAAUGGAUAUUGAUGAUACUACUCCAGGCAAUAUGCCUGAUGAGUCUAACUAUAUUGGUGACAAUUGCCUAUCUACACCUGCAAUCACCGAAGAUAACUCCCCACAAGAAGAGAGCCAGCUGGAUCCAAUGUUAAAAGAAUCAGGCCUAGAUGAGGGUGAGGGUGCAGAUGCUGCACAAGAAGAGUCCCCAGACCAGUCCAUAAGCUCUGCAAUGCCAAUAGAUGGGGCACCUAUGAUUCAGGAUGAAGAAUCAAGUACAAUGGAUGAAGAUAUGGGAGGUGGGGAGGGGGUUGCAAGCAGUGAUGAUGUCAAUGAUAUCAGCAGCGCGGCACAAGAAGUGCUUAGUACUGGUAUCAGUUCAAGUACAGCUGAGGUUGGAGCAGACAUAUCCAGUAGCGGACAAACAGAAGCAGCCUUAAUCUCAUCAACCGCAAAUGGGCCAGCUGUUCUUCAUUCAUUCUCAGUUCUUCCGCAGCAGCCACAAACCAAUGAAUUUAGCGACGCUGAUACAUCGGAAAUGGAGGGCGCCGCUGAUACGAUGCCGACGGUUAGCGAGUCCAUGCCCCUCCUCACGCUGACAGCUAACGGGGCUGCACUGCUUUCGCCCAAUCUAUUACAAGGGGACGAGGGCGGCGCGGGGGUGUCCUCGUCGGUGGCGGGCGAGGCGGGCGAGGGCGCGGUCGCGGGCGGGGGCGGGGCGGCGGGCGCGGAGGGCGAGGGCGCGGUGAGCAGCUCGGUGGCCGGCUCGACGGCGCCGCCGCUGCCCCCCACGGACGCCGCGCACGCGCUCGCCACGCUCGCCUCCGCCGCGCUGCACCACCACCACGACCAGGCCGAACCAGAGGAGCAGAAAAUUCAGAACGACGAGGAUGCGUGGUAUACAGUCGGCAUUGUAAAAGGCACGACAUUUACGGUACAAAAUUAUAUAUCCGAUCCAAAUGUGGAUCUCUCCAAUCUGUCGUUAGAUAAUCUGCCGGAUCUCAGUGGGCUACCAAUGACACCGUUAGAACACGGCACCGCUUACAAGUUUAGGAUUGCUGCUGUUAAUUCCUGCGGACGAGGCGAAUUCAGUGAAGAGUCGGCGUUCAAGACGUGCCUGCCGGGCUUCCCGGGCGCGCCGUCGGCCAUCAAGAUCUCCAAGUCGGUGGAGGGCGCCCACCUCUCGUGGGAGCCGCCGCAGGUCGCCGCCGAGGGCAUCUUCGAGUACUCCGUCUACCUCGCCGUGCGCUCGAACAGCCAGCCGAAGGAGGCGCCCAAGUCGCAGCUGGCGUUCGUGCGCGUGUACUGCGGCAAGGCGAACACGUGCGUGGUGCCGGCCGCCUCGCUGGGCUCCGCGCACGUGGACUCCUCCACGAAGCCCGCAAUCAUCUUCCGCAUCGCGGCGCGCAACGAGAAGGGCUACGGGCCCGCCACCCAGGUCAGGUGGCUUCAAGACAUCAAAUCCACGGGUGUUAAGAGAGCAGGCGAGGGUCGAUUACCUGGCGCCUCCCCCUCCAAGCAACCGAAGCAAUUAUUGCAU